GGCCCCUGCUGGGGACAAGCACCUCGUGCUUGCUAAAGGCAGUGGACUGGACACCCAGCUGCAAUGGGAUGGUGGUGCCAGCCCUGCAGAGCUCCCCAGACAUUCCCCUAGGGGCAGAGCUGCUCCAGGAGGGUUAUUGCAGCCAGGAACUGGGCAAAGGUUGGGAAAGUUGGGCGGAGCCUUGUGCUUUCUGCAGCUCUGCUGGGUGCUGAGAAGGAGAUCUAUCUUGGAUUGGAGAAAAACACCUGGGGGGCUGCUUGCCCCCUAGGGGACCUCUCUCUCAGAUGGGGCUCCCCUGGGGCUGCAGCCAUCCCAGCUUCACCGGCCAUGCCAGGGGCCUCCUGACUUCCCUCGUCACUCUGCUUCUCCUCCAGCUGGGCUCAGCCCAGCUCAGAGUGGUGGGACCAGGCUACUCUGUCACUGCCACCGUGGGGCAGGAUGUCGUGCUGCCCUGCCACUUGUCCCCUCAACGCGAUGCUCGCACCUUGGACGUCAGGUGGAUCCGGGGCCAUAUCUCUGAGACAGUGCACCACUACCGCAAUGGAGAGGACCUCUAUGGGGAGCAGAUGGGGGCAUAUGCCGGGAGGACAGAGUUGCUCAGAGAUGGUCUCUCUGCUGGAAGCCUGGACUUGCGAAUCACAGGGCUGAGACCCUCUGAUGAUGGCCAGUACGUCUGCACUGUGGGAGAUGCUGAUGCUUAUGACGAAGCCAUUGUGAAGCUGGAGGUGUCAGCCACAGGCGCUGACCCCCACCUCUCCCUGGGGGGCUAUGAGGCCGGAGGCAUCCGGGUGCUGUGUCGAUCGGCUGGCUGGUACCCGCUGCCGCAGCUGCUGUGGAGGGAUGCUCGCGGGCAGCACCUGCCCUCGGUCUCCCAGACACAUUCCCAGGACCAGGAGGGGCUCUUUGAAAUCGAAGGCGCCGUCAUCAUGACCGGGAGCAUGGAGGGGCCCUUGUCCUGCGUGGUCAGGAACAACCACCUCCAGCAGGAGAGGAAAUUUUCCCUGCACAUUGCAGCUCCCUUCUUCCACAAUGCCCAGCCCUGGAUGGUGGCUCUGGCUCUGGUCCCUGUGCUUUUUGUCGUGUCCAUUGGCCUGGGUGUUUAUCUCUUUCGAAAGCAAGCGGCACAGAGCCGAGAGCUGGCAGCGAAAAAGGAUGCAGAGCUGGGGAAACAAGCUGCAGAGAUAGAGGAAAAAGAUGCAAGACUGGAUGAACAAGCUGCAGAGCUGGAGAAACAAGCUGCAGAGCUGGCAUGGAGAAAGUUUCUGCUGCCUCACAAUACAGAUCCUGCUCCCGCUGCAGCACAGAUGGGGCUCUACAGGUUCUGCGGCCGCCCCAGCCUCACCGGCCAUGCCAGCGGCUUCCUGACUUCCCUCGUCACUCUGCACCUUCUCCAGCUGGGCUCAGCCCAGCUCAGAGUGGUGGGACCAGGACACCCUCUCACUGCCAUUCUUGGGCAGGACGUCGUGCUGCCCUGCCACUUGUCCCCUCAACGCGAUGCUCGCAGCUUGGAGGUCAGGUGGAUUCGGCACAGGUUACCUGAGACAGUGCACCACUACCACAAUGGAGAGGACCUGUACGGGGAGCAGAUGGAGGCAUAUGCCGGGAGGACAGAGUUGGCCAGAGAUGGUCUCUCUGUUGGAAACCUGGACUUGCGAAUCAUGGGGCUGAGACCCUCUGAUGAUGGCCAGUACAUCUGCACUGUGGGAGAUGCUGAUGCUUAUGCUGAAACCAUAGUGGAGCUGGAGGUGUCAGCCACAGGCACUGACCCCCACCUCUCCCUGGGGGGCUACGAGGCCGGAGGCGUCCGGGUGCUGUGUCGAUCGGCCGGCUGGUACCCGCUGCCGCAGCUGCUGUGGAGGGAUGCUCGCGGGCAGCACCUGCCCUCGGUCUCCCAGACACAUUCCCAGGACCAGGAGGGGCUCUUUGAAAUCGAAGGCACCGUCAUCGUGACCGGGAGCGUGGAGGGGCCCUUGUCCUGCGUGGUCAGGAACAGCUGCCUCGAGGAGGAAAAGGAAUCAUCCCUGCACAUUGCAGCUCCCUUCUUCCACAACGCCCAGCCCUGGAUGGUGGCUCUGUCUCUGGUCCUGGUGCUUUUGGCUGUGUCCAUUGGCCUCGGUGUUUAUCUCUUUCGAAAGCAAGCGGCACAGAGCCGAGAGCUGGCCAAAAAGGAUGCAAAGCUGGUGCAACAAGCUGCAGAGAUAGAAGAAAAAGCUGAAAGACUGGAGGAACAAGCUGCAGAGCUGGUGCAACAAGCUGCAGAGAUAGAGGAAAGAGUUGCAAUACUGGAUGAACAAGCUGGAGAGCUGGAGAAACAAGCUGCAGAGCUGGCAUGGAGAAAGUUUCUGCUGCCUGAAAAUACAGUGAAGGUGACCCUGGAUCCGGACACGGCUCAUCCCCAGCUUGUCCUGUCUCAGGACAACAGCAGUGUGAGACGAGAAAGUGAACGGCAGCAGGUUCCUGACACACCGGAGAGAUUUGACCAUUGGUGCUGUGUGCUGGGCCGUGAGGAUUUCAGAGAGGGGAGGCACUGCUGGUUGGUGGAGGUGGAGGGAGAGCAGCUACAGUAUUCAGGAUGGGGUGUGGGGGUGGCCAGGGCUUCUAUGGAGAGAAAGAAGUGGAUCAACAUGAGACCUGAAGAAGGGAUCUGGGCUGUGCUGUACUAUAAGGGGAAGCUCAAGUCUCUCACAUCUCCUCCCACCCCCUUGUCCCUGUCCCCUGUCCCCACAAGGAUCUGGGUCUGUCUGGACUGUACCCAGGGACAGGUGUCUUUUAUCAACGCUGACAAUGGGGUCGAGAUCUUCACUUUCACAGCAGUCUCCUUCAAUGGGGAGAAAAUCCACCCCUGGUUCCUUCUGGUGACAAAGAGAAUUCAGCUGUGCCUAAGGGACAACACCCCCCAGACCCUCUCCCCAGCCCUGGGGAGCUCCUGCCCUUCUCCAGACACUCCUGCAUCACCUCUCCUUCAUACUGCAGGAGCAGCACCACAGGAAUGAGGGGCAGUGGGGCCAGGGGCUGCCCCGCGCUCCUCCCUGCUGCUGGAGGAGGGCUGGGAUGCUGCAAGCAGGAACCAGGCCCCUUGCAGCCCCUGGGCUCUGUCCUGCAUGCGGCUCCUGUGCUGGGGCACAAGCCCUGCUGGCACCCAUGGGUCUCACCCUGCCUCUGAGCCCCAGCGGGCAGCACAAGGGCUGCAGCAGCUCUCCACGCUCCUCUCCCCUCUGCUUGCACUGCUUGAAGACCCCAGGGCAAGGGAUGUGGUCACCAUAUUCUGCCAGCCAUUGCAGACCACCUUUGCCUCCUAGGUUGGGGUUGACCCUUGCUUUGUGCCUGGUGCUGAGCAUGAGCAGCCUGUGGGGGCUCUUUGUUCCCUCCUCUGGAGCACAUCAAGGCCCAGCAGCAACAGGACUGUGGCAAAUAAAGUUUUGUACAGGAAGAUGGA